CUCGAUGCUUUUCGAAUAAUUCAAUAUCCCGUCACCACUGAAGCGGCUAUGAAAAAGAUAGAGGACAACGACACACUUGUUUUCAUUGUUGAUAGAAGGGCUAACAAACAAACAAUCAAGGCUGCUGUUCAGGAUCUCUAUCGAGUAAAAGUGGCGAAAGUAAAUACCCUCAAUUGUCCAAGAAACGUGAAAAAGGCUUAUGUCAAGCUUCCUCCGGAUUACGACACUAUAGACGUCGCCAACCGAAUUGGAAUAAUUUGA